GUGUCACGCCUCGGUAUAUAAACCCCGGCCGGCUUGAGCUGCUCCCACUGCGCCUCCUCCUCCUCCUCGCCAGACAGGUUGUGAAGAAAAGAAACCUCCAUCAUGUCUGACAAGAAGAUGACCUCCAGCCGCCGGCACCACCUGAAGAGUUUGAUGCUUCAGAUCGCAGCCAAAUGGAUCCAAGAGGAUAAGGAAGAGAUCGCUGCGGCGAAGCAGGCGUACAUGGUCGAGAACUGUGCUUCACCCAACCGGAGCGGAGACCAGGCCGCCCUCAUGGAAACCAUCAAAAAGAUGGCCGCUCUCCUCGACAGAAUCGAUGAGGAACGAUACGACAUGGAGUCCAAAGUGGGCAAAGCGGACAAAGAGAUUCAAGACCUGAGGAUCAAGGUGGUGGACCUGGGCGGCGUGAAGAAGCCGGCCCUGAAGAGAGUCCGCAUGUCGGCCGACGCCAUGCUGAAGGCCCUGCUGGGCUCCAAGCACACGGUCAACAUGGACCUGAGGGCCAACCUGAAGCAGGUCAAGAAGGAGGUCAAGGAGGAGCCGACAGAAGCCGCCGGCGACUGGCGUAAGAACAUCGAGGACAAGGCCGACAGGAAGAAGAUGUUUGAGACUUCCUAGUUUGCACUUUUUCAUGGAAUUCAUGGAAUUUUUAAUUGAAUUGAAAGAGGAUUUUGUUUUGUUUGAUUAAAACUGUGAGUUUCA